AUGACUAGAGGAAUACUUUCAGUUCACGUAGGCAAAGACUUGGAUGACGUUGGUCAAGGUGAUCCCUAUUGUGAAGUUUGGGUGGAUUCACCAAAAUACAAAUCUCAUACGGAUGCGAGAAAUGGAACUACUACUCCUGUUUGGGAUCAAGUUUUCCAUUAUAAUGUAAAUGGUCAACCUGAACUUCACAUUAGAAUUAUGGAUGAUGAUGUUUUUACCGAUGAAGUGAGUACCUUCUCUUCUUUCAAACCAAAUAAAUUUUCUGUCUCUUCUAGAAUAUUUGUCGUUAGAGCACCCAAUCGGGAUAUUACUUGGUCAAGGAGUCAAAGAAAAAGGGAGGAAGCUAUGGUUGGACCUCGAUUUGAACAAACAGAUUUAGAAGCACAACCGAGACCUUUGGCUGCAAUUGAAUUAAUUGCCGAAGAACCAAUUCAUUAUGUAGACGGUCGAAUUGCUGUAUGUCAUGGAGGUGGAGGACCACUUGGCCAUCCCCAAAUCUAUAUAAAUUUGGAUCAACCGGGACCUAAUGUCUGUGGUUAUUGUGGAAUAAGAUUUGAAAAGAAUCCACAUCACCAUCAUUAA